AUGGGCUUGGCCCAACACACCGCGGAACUGCCCACUGCUAAAUAUGGACGGUCUACUUUGAAAGCGCCGGCCACAUGCCCUAGCCCGUCGCUGCGACCACGACUCCAGCGAGACCUGGCCAUAUUUACCCAGACCAGAGAUGAGGCUCGAUUGUCAGGGGUUCCAUGUGGCUGGGCAUUGGUGUUCAGGGGAGCUAGAGCAGCACUCUCUACAUAUGCCACGCCGCCCACACAAGUAAACUUUCAACAUCAAGUCUCGGAAGGGAAAAGAAGCUUACAUAUCUUGGCCACCACCAAAAUCAGUAAUCCAAGCAUUGCUGCUCUGCUCGAUCAAGACAUUUCCCGCCUUGACAUCGCCGCAGACUACACCUGCUUUAUAGAGACUGGAAAGCGUGACGGCCAAUUGUCGAGACCACUUCAUUUCCGCACUCAUUGGAGGGUCGUCGGUUUCCUUUGGGAGGACUCUCGCAGACAAUGGGCGGUCGGCACAGUCAACAUAGGACAGCAAAAUAUCGAGAAUGAACUUGUGUUUAUCUAUCACGACACUGUGGACGCAAUAAAGCUUCAAGUGGUUGUCGUAGACCCCAGCUGCAGCAAUCGCCGUGUAGCUUUCAAGCUCUCCUAUAGCUUUGUCGCCCGGCGGCGGAGGAGCGAGCUCAACAAGCAGUGGUUGCAACGGCUUCGUAAUCCACUCAAAGGCAUCAGUUUCGUGUAUGUCGCCUACAACUUCUUCGCCGAAUCGAAGAACCUCGAGAUAUGCCGAGUAUUUUUCCGUCAUGGUAAGUGA